AAGAACAGACAGACAGAGGCAGCCUGGAUCAGCAGAGGUGGUUCUACAAACAGCUGUUAAGGAUCAGGAGCUGAAGACCCGAAGAAAACAACUUUCUGCAGAACAAAUGUGUAAAGCGAUGGUUCAACGGACCGGCCCUCACCUGCUUCUCCUAAUAGCCCUGUGCAGUGUGUUAUACUCCCGGACUCUGAGCCUACCUUACACAUCAAUGAGACCGACGAGGCAUGCAGAUGGUUUGUUCACCAGCGGAUACAGCAAACUCCUGGGACAGCUGUCAGCGCGGAGGUACCUGGAGUCUCUGAUCGGGAAGCGGGUCAGCGAUGACCUGAUGGAGGAGCCGGUGAAGCGCCACUCAGAUGCCAUCUUCACAGACAACUACAGCCGCUUCCGGAAACAGAUGGCAGUCAAGAAGUACCUAAACUCUGUCCUAACGGGGAAAAGAAGCCUAGAAGAUCCUGGAACCACCGAACCAGAGGAGUCCAGAGAAGAACCAAACACUUUCCAGGAGAGCUAUGAUGACAUCAAUGUAGACCAUCUCCUUAACAACUUUCAGCUGCCACUUUGAGGAGGGGUCCGCGCUCCGAUGAAUACCUCAACUCAUCCUAUAAAAUGCUACAUACAAAAAAUAAAAUAAAUGCAGUUUAAAAAAAUGCACACACAUAGUAUUUAAUGCAAAGGACAUUGAGAGCGGGAAUAAUUAACAAUGACGUAUUUUUCGAUGUGGCUGUUUAUUUAUCCAUCUACACAGUAUGUGUUUAAACUGUAUAUACACAGUAUGUAUUCAGGCAAUGGUAAUAGACUGCAUACUACACUGAGCAACUGGUGUGUCUUUUGGUUGGUAAGAGGUUGCUACAGUGUGAAAUGGAAGUUUAAUGGAAGGGAUAUAUUCUACCUUUGUUUUUAGGUUUCAAUCUUCAAGUAACAUCAAAAUAUUUUUUUUCCCUAAAGCUUCUGAGAAGUUUGUACCAUCAACAUUA